AGUGUGGGACACGGCUGGGGUGGGGUGGGGGGAAGCGCCGCCACCGUGUGGACGCAAAUGCGGGGCAAUCCCGGAAUAGAGAUGUUUUUGAGCCGCGCGGUGUGUCCGCUUCGGCCCACGAACCUACCUCCUUCAACCCGUCGCGAAAACCUGAAACCCCUCGGAAGAAGCCGGCCAACCUCCUAGGUCUCUUCUUCCUCCCGAGAAAGCGUAAGACGAGGAAAUCCUCCCGGGAAGAAAAGUCACGUUUUGUGUUUCCACCCUCGCGGGAAACAUUUGAUGGUAGCAGGGGUGCUUUUUUUUUUAAUGGGAACAAAAUCGGAACCCCUCACGAGUGGGGUAGUUUUCAUAUAUACUGUAGGUUCGUUUCUGAGAGGAGCAAACGGUUGCUGUUUAUGCGAGGCGACUUUUUAUACGCCGAGAGGAGUCGCUUCCUUGGCGCAGGAACUCUUGCAGGAUUGGAGAUCCGAGGGAGACAGCAAACAACAACAACCGAAAGACCGUGCAUCCUGGAAAAGCAACAACACGACAACAACAGAAAGACCGUGCAACCUGAAAAAAGAGAGACAAGGCAUGCACUUUUGUAACUGAAGACUCUGUAUCAAAGCACCUAUAGGUGUUACAUUUUCCCCGAAGGGUGCCCACCAGGCACACAAAGAACUACAAAGGAAGUUGAUCCGAAGACCCCUGGUGUGGCAAGAAUGACUUCAAGUUGUAUGAUUCCAGUGUUUGCUUUGAUGAUUGGGUGUUUAGCCUCUGCAGGUCCCGUGCCUACGAGCGAGUGUGCGUUGUCACCUGUCAAUAGCUCCCACCCAGUUCAAGCCUUGCUUGAGAGCUUUACAGUUUUAUCCGGUUGUGCGAGCAAAGGGACCGUUGGAUUACCACAGGAAGUUCAUGUCCUCAAUCUCAGGAGCCCCGAAGAAGGCCUUGCCCACCAUGAAAGAGAGGUCACCUUACAUUUGAAUCCGAUUUCUUCAAUUCAUAUUCACCAGAGGCCAUUGGCAUUUAUACUGAACUCUCCUGUUCCCUUGGUAUGGAAGGUGAAAACAGAAAGACUUGCCCCAGAGAUUUCGAGGUUUUUCACUGUAUCAGCAGGUUCCAUUGUGCAGUUUGAGAAAGAAAAUUUCUCCUUGUCCGCAAAAAUAGAGGAAAAACCUCUCCCUCAAGGAAAUAAGCAUCUGCUACAGUGGGCCCAAAAGGAAUAUGGGGCAGUAACAUCUUUCACUGAACUCAAAAUAUCCAGGAACGUUUACAUCAAAGUGGGUGAAGAUCAGUUUUUUCCUGCAACAUGCAAUAUAGAGAAGAAUUUUAUUUCCUUGAACUACCUUGCGGGAUACCUGCAACCCAAGGCAGCAGAAGGAUGCAUUGUCUCCAGCAUGGAUCAAGAAAGAGAAGUUCACAUAAUUGAACUAAUCACACCAGACUCUAACCCAUACAGUGCUUUCCAGGUGGAUAUCAUCAUUGACAUUCGACCAUCUCGGCCAGACACCACACUUGUCAGGGAUCUUGUACUUAUCCUCAAGUGCAGAAAGUCUGUCAACUGGGUCAUCAAGUCACAUGACGUGAAGGGGAAACUGGAAGCAAUUGCAGCAAACAGUGUUGGCUUUGGAAAGGAAACGGAACGCUCAAUGGUGAUGACUAAAAACAUAUUUCCCAAUAUUCCCUCCUCUCAUGAGAGUUUGAUUACGUGGGCUUAUGACCAUGGCUACCAUCCGGUUACUUCCUAUACAAAAGCACCUGUUGCUAAUAGGUUCCAUCUACGCCUUGAGGACACUGAAGAGAUGAAUGAUGAGGAAGACCAUUUCCCACCAGAGCUGAAGGAGCUGCUGCGUGGCGUUAACCCGCUGCCAGCUCCACUCGCGCCCUCAAGCGAAGGCGUUAGUUUUGACUUCCACUUCCAUCAAGAUCAUGAUGGAAACUUGCCAUCAACUGAUAUGGUGGACACAAUUAGGACCAAUCGUGGCUUUGAGCAUCUCCUUCCAAAAGUCCCAGAACCAGAAGAAGUUCAGGGUAGCGUUCAUGUUGCCAUGACGGUGAAGUGUGAUGACACGUCCAUGAUUGUAGCUGUAGCAAAAGACUCACUGGAGGCUAGCGGUUACAUCGGGACACAACUCUCUCUGCUGGAUCCUACAUGUAGAGCUAAGACAAACAAGACCCAUUUUAUUUUGGAGUCAUCACUGCAUGAUUGUGGGACUCAACGAAUAGCCUAUGCCUUGGAUAACGUGUAUCUGAACUCUAUUGUUAUCCAUGUGCCGUCACCAGUUGAGGCCAGUGGUUGGGCGGUUGACUAUGAAGACAUGGAAUCAGGGGAUAAUGGAUUCCCUGGGGACACUGAUGAAACAGACGUCGUCAUUUCCAGCAGGACUGAAAUUGUUCGGUUCAACUGCACGUUCCACCAGCUGAACUCUCCGAAAUCUCCUAAGCACUAUUCACCUGAAUCGCGCAUCGGCAACGUCACCUUCAGCAUGGAACUUUAUGAAACAGGCCUCUUCCGUACCCCAACCCAAGGGUUCUUCUCCGUUGCAGAGAACGGCCAGAUCUUUGUUGAGAUUUCUGUGACCAAGGCUGAAAAAUCCCUGAGCUUUGCAAUCCAAACCUGCUUUAUAUCUCCACAUUCAUACCCUGACAAGAUGUCGGAGUACACCAUCAUUGAGAACAUUUGUCCUAAAGAUGAAUCUGUAACAUUCUACAACACCCCAGCUAAUUUUCCAAUGCAAAAUGCACAGAUGGACAGAAAGCGGUUCAGCUUUAUGUUUAAGUCUGUAUUCAACACUUCCCUUCUCUUUCUUCAUUGCGAGGUGACUUUGUGCACAAAGAAAGAAAAAUAUACUCAAGAGCUGGCCAAGUGCAUCCCUCCUGAUGAAGCUUGCACCUUUCUUAGUGUUGAUAUGAUCCUAGCAAUGAUGCAGAAUAAGAAAACCUUCACCAAACCCCUUGCUGUGAUAUCUCAUAAAGGGAAGCCAGAAGAUAAACCUCCUUCUUACUCGAAACCUCCUGAAGGAUUAGCACCUGUCUUCCACGGCCUGGACACUUUGACAGUCGUGGGCAUUGCCUUUGCAGCCUUUGUUAUUGGUGCGCUGCUGACUGGAGCACUGUGGUUUAUCUAUUCUCACACAGGAGAACCGGCAGCAAGACAGCCGGUCCCCACAUCCCCGCCGGCCUCUGAAAACAGCAGCGCAGCCCAUAGUAUCGGCAGCACACAAAGCACCCCCUGUUCCAGCAGCAGCGCAGCCUAACCCAGGGGGCAUGAUGCAAGCCCUCGAAACCAUGUAGGGGAGCAGAGGUUCGAAAGGAGCUGUUUGUUGCCGUUUGCUUCAAAACGAUUGGUUUGGAUUCUUUGGCAGAACAAGGAAGGAUUUUCUUCGUGUUCCUCGAACUUCUUGCAGCAUGCUCUAGGCUCACACACGACAAAGCUAUUUACAAACAGCUGUGGAUUGUGCAGAAAACAUCCGCAGGCUCUCGAUGUGAGACACUAGUCGGUUCCCCAACCAUAAACGCUGUGUUGUCUUGACAGAAUCAUAAGUACUAGGUUCUGCAAACGUCAAGGAGACACGAGGUGUUUCUGUAAAGGGAUUUCAGUCUCAUAAGCUGGGGGGAAAGGUUUUGUUCUCUGUCUCGUUUGAUCCGGGGAUUCCACCUCACCAGAACGAGAAAGCUUCCAGCACAGAGGAUUACCCGUUGCCAUUAUCGCAAUAUAUACAUCUUGCUCGUUUCUGUGGUUUUUGAGCUUAACUCAGUGCUGUGUUUGGCCCACCAUUAUCUUGUCCACCACAUCAGGGAUUUGCCUUCGCCAACCUUUAGCAAACAGAAACUAAAGUAAUGUUUCCAUACAUAACAUGGGGUGUGGGACAUGUGUUGAUUUGAUAUUUCUGAUGACUUCCGUAUACGUCUGUUUAUCCAUCCCAAAGCCUGCUUGCAAUCAGGAUGCAACAUUCAGUGCCAUUUCAGUUUCUUAAUUUAUUUUUUAUUAAUUGGAGCUAUCAACCUUUGCAGAGGAGUUAGCCCAAAAGUCUUUUACAGUACAAUGUCUGCCACCUGCUACAAGUAGGCCAGCAAUUUGCAUACAAUUUGCAUGCAAAGCCACAUGGCGCCAAUGCGCACAUGCUGCUCCUGCACAUACAACGAGCAUUUCCAUUGUGUGUGCAGAAACUUCCCUGAAAUUAUGGUGAAUGAGGGAGACCAGUAUAUGCCCCAGGUGCUGUGUCCAUACUGAAAAACCCAUGGGGGUGUAACUUGGGGUUAUUGCAAGUAAUAUUAAAACCACAUGUGAAUGGUCAGCACUUGUGUGCUCCAAAGUGAGGUUGGCUAUGGACCAGUUUUGAACCUUAGGCCCCUGAAUAUACUUCUGCAAAUGUGGUCAUUGCCAAAGUUCAGGAAAAUAUAGAAAAUAUAGUCCUAUUUGUGGUAGGACUAAGCCUUUUGGUUUUUUGAUUCACAGUGAUCUAGAAGCACAUUUUUAGAUCUGCCAAUGAGUGCAAGUGUUUCUAGUUGUGACUUGGAGACAACUACGGCUCUGUGUUUUCGGACUGUUCUACAAAAUAUACAUAGAUAUCAUUGUCUUUUUUGCUGUAUAUAAUCUGCAAUUAGCUUACUGUUAUCGAAAAUUCUUAGGUCAGAGCUUCAUUCUUUGCUUCUUCUAAGUUUUCCAAAAUUUUGUGGUGAUUUUUUUUUAAGCAUUGAAAGGAGAAAACUAUUGAGCUAAUUGUUCUGUAUGACUCACCAUGAAUAGGAAUGGAAGGGUUCCUUAAAAGCCCCUUUCUGGUUUGUAUCCAGUUGCUAGUUAGUCAUCGCAACGUUGCAAUUGGAUAUCUCCCAAAGUAGCAUUUGGAAUGCAAAAAAGAGCAAGCCGGUACUAAUUUUCAUAAUAUUUUUUAUAACUCUCGCCUCCCGCUAGCCUUAAAGUACCUUACCUCCCAAAUGAAAACCAAAGGUUGCAAUUUGAAACUGUAGGAAUAUUGAGUUGUCGUUUUGUGAGCUGAAACAGAGUCUCCUGAAUCCUCCUCCUUGAAAACAAAAUAAGAGAUAUUCUCCCUUUGCAAACAGUUCACAUAACCUUCAAUGGAUAUGGCUUUUUUGUUUUGUUUGGCCUUGCUGUAGCAGGAGGCACAGCGGGGCUUUGCUGAAGCAGGUCAGAUCUCUCCCCUGGCUUCCGGGGCCCAUCUGAGAGGUGGCGGAACGCCAUUGUGGCACGUUCCAGCUAGGGGGGAAAGCCCUGCCUAGAUAUAACACAGGUUCAGUUCCUCUGUUGCCCUUAACCCGAACCACCCUUUUAGCCUAUUGGGUUUUACACUGGCAAAAGUGACAAAACUUCACAGGGGCUGGUGAACCGACAGAAAAAAAGGCUCUUGGCCUAUUCGUAAUAUAUCAAAAAUAAAUAAAUUUGAACUUGCAUAAUUCACAUUCUCAAAAGUGUUUGCGGGGUUGGAUUAGUGAGAGGUAUGUGGAUAAGCAGUAUGCUACCUGUGUAUUUAAAAAGAAUGCGCUUUGCCUAACCUUCAGCUGAAUGUAUUAGAUAAUCAUAUUCUAUGUAUGAAAACCUUUAAAAUGUCUUCAAAGAAGACUAGAGUCUUUUAAGUCCAUCAUAGCUAUAUUUUACUACAUUAAAUGUGGGCACAAGUAUAAAUAUAUAUUUAAAUAUAAGUGGCUUUAUAUAAGAUGUUUAAUUUCAGUUACUGUGAAUUCUACGGUUUUAUACGCUCUUUCUCUGCCCUCCUCUAACCCUCCCCCACCCCCCAGAUUUUUUUAAAACCAGAGAUAUUAUUGGAAGUAUUAUAAACUUGGUUGUUGGAAUGAAAGGUUACAUUUUUGUGUAAAAUAAUUAAAAUAAUUUUGUGUAAAAUAAUUAAAUGUAUAUUUUUGAGAGAAAGAGAUGCUGCAUUAUCAAUAUUUCUAUCAAAAUUGACUGAAAACCUAGAUCUAUAUUUACGGACAUACAAAACCAAAACAGGCAAUAUUUACAAGCAGACGAAUGACAUUUUUCUAGGCUUAUGUUCAAGAAUAAUUAAUUCAUUGACCGUGAUGCACUUAAUUGUGAAUGCUUCAGAAUGCUCACUUUAUUGCCGUAUAUACCAAUUUUUAUUAUACUUACUUAAAUGGAAAGUUCUGGAGCUAAUGGAAAAUUUCUGUUGGUUAAUUGACAGUAGAGCAAAUGCCAGGUGCAAAUGAUAUCCCUAAAAAACAUUUAUGCUGCUUAUGCAGUUAUUUGUUCAUUUGCUUUGAUCCAGAGAUAUGUGUGCGCUAGGAUGCAUAAGCACAUCUCUGGUUCCCAUGGGUUGCUCCAAUAGACUGGAGGAGCAAAAGGCAUGUGUGGAUUGGAUCCGUUCCCGGAAAUUAAUAGGAAGUUCUUGUGAAUGAGAGAAUUCCAUACCUGCUUUGCAGCUCUGUGCUCAUCACUGGUAAAAGGUGUAAACCACAAAGCCAUUUGGUUCAAAGUAUUGCUGUUGUUUUCUAGGGUGAGCUGUCAAGUCCUUAUAUUAGCAAUAGUGGAGGGCUGAGUAAUGCUUUUUUUUAAUAAACCAGCCAUGUACUAAGAAAGGGAAUUUAUGAACAGAUACCUUUGCCGUAAGAGAGAACAAUGGUUUCUUCCAAUGCCAUUGAAGUCUAUUUUUAUGCUACAAAUGUGAGCUCUACAUUUUGAAGUCCUUUAUUAUUUCCUUCUUUUCAUGUUUGAUGUUGUGUGCUAUUUCAUUUCAUGUUGUAUAGUAGUGUUUUUGAGAACUUUGCAUUGUCUCACUGACAAAGUGUUAAACUGUGCAAGUGGCUAGCCUGCACCUCGGUGUGUCCAAAAGGAAAUUUAUUCCAUUAUGAGUUUCACAUUUCAGAAUGAUUUUGGAAGUUCAAGGAUAACAUAGCUUCUGGGUCACCUCUAACUACAGGGUUUAGAAUUCAAAGUAAUUAUGAUGUUAGUGAGGCAGGGCUUUCCUUUGCAGAAGCCAUACUGAUUCUUCUUUGGCAAAGCUUGUUCUUCAGUAUAUGCAACAAACUUAAUGUUAAUAUCAUCUUCUAACAGUUUAUUUGUCUAGGGAGACAGGUCUCUGAUUUCCUGGUUCCCCCCUCCCUGUUUCCUUUUUAAAAUUCUUCCUGCAUCAGCUACCUUCCAAUUUUGAAGGCUGAUUUUAAUAGGCUGCAUAUUUUUGUUGAAAGUUCAGACAUUUCACAUUUGAAUUCUUUAAAGGCUAUCAGGUGAAUGCCCGGGCAACUUGUUAAUUUGGAAUUUGACAUCAGCUUUUGUUACCACCAUUUGCCAUUGCUCUUCAGGCACCCUUAGUAAAAAGCAAGGCAUGUCCCUCACAACACUUUCCCGACCGACACCGAUAGAAAGAAUUCAUCCUGUUUUUUGUCUCCUCCUCCUUUCAUACCCUAUGACAUACAUGGCUGAUUUCCUGUUUCAGAUACAUUAACAGAUCAAGAUAUUGGAUUUUUUAAUGCUAUAGCAAUUAACUCCUCAUAUUCCUCAUUUGCUUGCCUUAUCAUCAACUUGCCUUUGCACAAUGCUUGCCAGUGCGAGGGAGGUCCCAUCACAUAACUUAAGCUACUAAAAUUGGGAACGCAGAAUUAAGGUUUAAGGAGAAAUGAUUUCUCACUUGUCAAGCUGUUUCCCCACCCAGAAACUGCAUACACACCAGAGUACUUUGCUUGUUUUGCCCUUACAGUAUCUAAUCACUCACGUUUGACUUUCCAAUAUCUUUGCAUUGAACAGCUGUUACUUUAAGGUCACGUAAAGUCAACAUGUCACACAUUGUGUAGGGUUGACACAGGUUUAAAAUACUGUAGAUAAGUCAGAAAUUAGAUUGUUACAACAAGAGAAGAAAAAAAGCCCAUGUAAAAAUCCAUAUAAACUCUUUUUUUUGCUCUCUGGCGCCAUCUGGUGCAUCUACGCAUUCACAUUGUAUUAUUGUGACGAAUGUAGCUGAGUCCAGAGUUCUGUGUAUUACUUUGAAAGAGGAUUGUAUGUUGAUUCUCCCCCCC